AUGCCAUUGUCUGUUCAUAUUGAUGAUGAAAAUAGUCCAGAAUAUAAUAUAAUAAGGAUCUAAAUUAUUUUCAUCUUUUCUAAAAGAUUCAUUGAAAUCAACAAAAGCUACCCAAUAAAGAGACUUGACAUUUCAAUUUUAUGGAACUUAUAUAAUUUGAUAUUGUUAGAAUGAUUUACAUACAUUUUAAAUUUAAGAAUUGAAAUUAAUUAGAUGAUAGAUUAUUGUAUUAUUAUUAGCACGACUUUAUUCGCUAAGAUUUCCACNGGAUAAUCAAAAAUUAGAUUUUGAACAUUUAGAAUUAGCAUUGAAUACAAGAGAUAAAGUAAUUGAAGAAUGGAAGGGCAAAUUUUAGAGAUUAUCUUAAGACUUACAGAAGGUUAUAGAAGACAAAGUGGAAUUGGAAAAUAGAUUUAGUACAGUGGAUUUGGAGAUUGAAAGAUGGAAAAGAAAAGCUAAUUCAAAUUCAGCUGAAAUUGAGAUGUUAAGAGUAACUAUUGAUUAAUUGAAUGAUGAAAUAGAAAGGUUAAAUAAAAACACAUAAGAUCUACUAAAUGUAUACAUUAUCUAUAAUAUUUUAGGAAAAUGAUUCAUGGAGGCAUAAGUAUGGUAAUUUAUAAUAAUUGAUACCUACAAUGGUACAUCAUUAACCAAAUCCAGAAACAUAAGCAUAUCAAGUUACUCCAGGAAACAGCUUUAGAAUUCCACCUGGAACGGAUAGAAAUUAAGGCAGCUUUAGAAAUCAGCCACCUCCUCUUGAUUCUAGGAGAUCUUUCAGAAGAGCUACCACUAUUGGUCUAACAAAACCUUGA